GGAUGGUCAAGCCUAAACAGCUGCGCCAGGCCCAAGAAGACAAAAUCAAGAAGGCCUGCACAAAGCUUCAGGAAGAUCAGCAAGCCGGCAACAAACCGAACAUCAAGAGAACUGCAGUUUACUAUGGUGUUCCUGAGAGCACUUUUCGUGAUCGCUUUCGUGGUGCUCGCAAGUCUCUUAGUGAUGCUCACAAGCACCAGCAGCUGCUCUCAGAGCACAAAGAGCGAGUGCUUGUGGAUUGGAUCGAGCACCUUGAUGCUGCAGGCAACCCAAUCAGUAAACGGACCAUCAAACAGAAGUGUUACGCACUCUGCAAGAAGAUGCCAUCAAGGGCCUGGAUAUAAUGCUGAACGUAUUGCACUAAUUCAAGAACACCUUGAUGGUCACCCCCAGUUGAAGGACAAUAUGAAAUUUGCUGGUCUUUAUGGUCGGGCCCCUCGCGGACAGAAGCGCACGCACACGCACACAAGCACAACUGACGAGAACGUAGCACCGGCAAGUGCCACUGUCGAGCAACCUGAGCAUCCUGCAGUUCGUCGUCGACUGAACGAGCAUCACCCAUUUACUCCGAGUUCCCAACACAAUUUACAUAUACCUGGUACACAUUAUCAUACUCUUCAUCCUUAUUCUUAUGCUGAUCAUCAACCUGCGCCACCUCAACAACUACACCUACCUUAUAAUUCACGCUAGCCCUCGAGAUUAAGUACCUGUCAUCAUACCUUACUUUCAUAUAGUCAACUGUAACAUACUUGCAUAUCUUCCCGUACAUUUCACAUACUAUCAUUCUGUCUGAUUUUACAAGAUAUUAUUGUGCAUCUCAA